AAUGAAAUGCAAAAGCAGCUGUCACAAGCCGGUAUUAGUUGCAACAUUGAUAUGAAUGCUCUGGUUCAAAGUAUUCGUGAUGGCAGUGCACCCACAAGUAGACCCGUGGUCAAUACCGGAUCUGGAAACUCAGACAUGGAUCAAUUCCAAAGAUGUAUGAACGUGUACAUGGACGCACUCCAGGGCAUCACCAAUAAUCAGCAAAUCUGUGGUCCUCUGAGGAAUUUUAUGAUCUGCACCUUUAAAUCUUUUGGUAUUCAGAUUGAUGGAGUCUUGUCACAGCAGCAGAGAAGCCAGCUUCAGUGAAGACCUCCUUCUGCGGCCUAAUGCUUGGCUUGUUCUCUGUGGUGAUGAUGCUGAUGAGACGACAAUUGUUCUAGAACCUCAUCGUUAUGACUGUCGAGAACCACAAAGAGCACACACGCAUCCUUUUCUACGAACUUUAGAAUUUUGAUUAUUUUGAUUUUUAAAAACGUUAGAAUUAUUCAUAUGAUGAAAUUUAAGAGUUCCGUUGCAGAACUGUUGAACGUUACUAACUACCAUUGUGAAUAAGAAAGUGAAGAGAAUUGAGUGCAAAUAGAUAUUGAUUGAAUACCUAAAGCAAUAAAUAAGAAAUAAAACAAGGCAUUCAAAAAAUAAGAUGUUAUCUCUAUUUGGAUGUAAACCUUCAUCCUGGAAUAGGAUUUUUUUUGGUUUGUUUUGCAACAUACAAAAUAUAUUUGUUUGAAUAAAUGGUAGCCCUAUAUAUUUUUAAAUAUGUUUGUUUUUGCUUCAUUUUAUGGUCUUUAAUUCUUAAUGUGAUGACCACUAUGAUACUUUUUUGUUGUUGACAUUUUUGUGUUAAAAUUUUUGUGAAAGUUUAAGAAAGGCCUACCUCCUUUUUUUUUGUUGAGAUAUUUUGGUGAAAGAUUAUGAUAGGCCUACCUUUUUUUUGGUUGAAAUUUUUGUCAAAGAUUAUGAUACCUGUUUAAAAUAUGUUUGAAAGAAUAUGAAAGAGGAUCACAAGUCGAAGUGAAUCCCAUGAAGUUGAACUUCAUAUCCAAAACUCUUUUCUGAAUGUUUCAUUUCUUUUGUAAUGAUUAAGGCAGCUUGUAUUCCUGCUUGCAAAUUACCACCAGAGUAUGUUGUUGAUAUUUUGACAUACUGCCUAACUUUGUUUCUUGUUUUUCCUCCUUGACGAGAUGCUUUCAUUAGACCCCAGGUUAUUCAAAACUUUGUUUUUCCUUUUAUUUUCACCCCUCUGUUGUUAUAUUGAAUAUAAUGAUGAUGCAACAUUAUUUUACUAAAUCGAGGUCAACUUUCAUCCUGUCUUGGACAACUUCAGGCUUUUAAUUAUUUUGUUUUGUACAUGAUUUGCUUUAUUGGCUUCCUCGUUUUUAAAGUUUGUAAUACGAAUUGGUGUGUUUAGAUAGUGAAAUACUUUUAACAGAUACUGUAGCUCUUCAUCGUGCCUGUUACUGCAGUUGAUUAAAAUGUAGCAUUGUUGCUUAUUUGAGUUUUCUAAAUUUCAGACAUAUUAAAGUCUAGAAAUAACCCCCUUCGCAAUCCUUGAUAUUGAGUCCAAUAUGAAAAAUUGGAUAGAAAUUUUCUAAGAUACGGAAAAAUGUCGACUUCUUCGGUUUCAUUAUUUUAACGAGUGGCUGAUUUAACCGCAAUGAGAUACAUAUAAUUAAUUCUUUAAAAACUACCAUACAGGGAGAAAUUAUUCCCAAAUCGCACAUGAUAUCCUACAUCAUAAGAAGAAAGUUGAGAGCCAUUCUGUUUUGAAGGAUUGUAGCCAUUUAUUGCUCAAAUUUGCACCUUGUAGUCUCUUUUUAAAUCAAAUUUCCCAGUUAUGAGAAGAUGCCAAAAGGAGAAAAAAAUGUUAUAGUUAUAUUGGCCUGCUUUCAUUCCUGGAUGUGCCAUUGUGAUUUUCUUCUUUAUAUAAAUGGAGAAAAAAAAAUUUCUGGCCAAGAUAUUCUGAGCAAAUCAGUUUGUUUUUUACUUUUAUUUAGCGCAUGGCUUGUACUGCACAUUUUUUUGACUGAGUGCAAAACUCAGUUUUGAGGGAAAGAUGUGAAGUAUAUUUCUGAGUGGUCAAAGUUAUAACAUCAUGAUAGGGCCUACCGUUAAGACGGUAUCGACAUGGAGAGUAAUCUACGUAUGAUACAGGGUGAAUUAUUCGAAAUUUCUCCCAAAAUAUUUCUGUCAUAGUCUGAGUGAGUGAGUGUGUAUCAAGCUGUCUAUCCACAUCUAAGUGUACAGUAGUUUCCUGGUGUCAAAUUAUUCUCCUCUGGUUGAUUAGAACGUUCUUGAAUGCAGUAUCUGUUGACUUUUGUACAGAUUGGGUUUUGGACUUUCAUCCAUAAAAGAAACAUAUUAAAUAUGUCAAGCUCUGAACUAGGUCAUCAGUUGACGUCUGGUAGUUGACUUGUGUCAGUUGACUUUUGUCAGAUGACUUGUGUCAGUUGACUUCUGUUAGUUAACUUCUACUAGUUGACUUGUGUCAGUUGACUUUUGUCAGUUGACUUGUGUCAGUUGACGUCUGCUAGUUGACUUGUGUCAGUUGACGUCUGCUAGUUGACUUGUGUCAGUUGACUUUUGUCAGUUGACUUGUGUCAGUUGACGUCUGCUAGUUGACUUGUGUCAGUUGACGUCUGCUACUUGACUUUCUGCUUGUUGACUUCUGUUAGUUAACUUCUACUUGUUGACUUUUAUUUGUUGACUUCUGUCAGUUGCCUUCAGUCUGUUGACUUAUGUCAAUUGAUGACUGUUAGUUUACUUUGGUCAGUUGAUGUCUAUCAGUUGACGUCUGUUAGUUGACGUCUGCCAGUUGAUGUAUAUCAGUUGCAGUGUCUUGUGUGCUGUCACUUCCUGUUGACCAGUGGUUAGGCCCUUACUUGAUGACCCCGAGAACAUACUGAUAUUGUUUGUUCCUUGAGAUACGAGCCAUUCCAAGACAGAAUUUUCUAUGCAUGCUAGUGGAAAUUAGAUUCUAAGUCGGCAGAUUGACUGCACAACGUUUUUAUUUUCUAACAUUUAACUGGUGUUUGUUGUUUUGGGAUUAGCGUUCUUCUCCGAUUUCUGAAGGAUAUGACUUUUUUUUCUCCUUUAUGAGGAUGGGUGGUUUGUAGGUGCUCUGGGGUGGUUAAUUCUGCUUCUUCUUGCCCAUCAAACAUCUGUCGUCUUCAUCUCUCCUCAUUCUUUUCUUUAUAUGUUGCUCUCUCAUAAACCUCUUAUCUUUGGCAGUUAUAACACUUAACUGUGUUGCAAAUGCCAUAAAACGCUUAUUAAAACAUGAAAACAUAAAUCCAAAUGUCAGAUUAGGUGCUAUAUUUUUUAAAGUGGGUUUCUUAUGAAAGCUUGUAUUUUACCUUUCCUUGGUUGUUAUCAUUCCUGAAUUGUUUUUCGAGUUGGUUUGCUGUUGUUUUUCUUGUAAACAGGGUUCUACCUUGUGAAUAAAUUACACCUUACUUACUAAAGGCCUAAUUUUACUUUUGUUUUGGUAUUUUGCCACGUUAUCUGUAGGCCUUGUGAAGUUUUGACAGUCUUAAUUAAAACCCUCUCUCAGACA